AUGUUGCGCAAAGCUGCCCUGGCGACUGCCCUGUUCAUUGGCCUUGGCGUCUCCGAUGCUGCUGCUCCGACCGCCCACACCAAGAAUGGUUCCUAUGUCGGCUCGUAUAUUCCCGAGUACGACCAAGACUUUUUCCUCGGUGUGCCCUAUGCGCAGCCACCGGUUGGAGACCUGCGCUUCCGGAAUCCAGUCGGUCUGAACAGCACCUGGCCCGAACCCAAGCCCGCAACACAGUACUCUUCUGAGUGCUAUGGCUACGGCUCAGACCAGUGGGGCUACCCGGUCUCAGAAGACUGUCUUUACCUCAAUGUCAUCCGCCCUGCAGGAUGCACCGAGGACGACAAGCUACCUGUAGCAUUCUGGAUCCACGGCGGUGGCUUCUACAUGGGCGGCGGUGUAGACAAGCGCUACAACCUGUCCUUCACUGUGGAGAACUCGGUAAAGAUUGGUAAACCAAUCAUUGCAGUUUCCAUCAACUACCGUCUGAGCGCAUGGGGUUUCUUGAGUGGAAGUGAAGAGGUCAAAGACUCGGGCAAUCUCAACCUCGGUCUCCGAGACCAGCGCCUAGCCUUGCAAUGGGUCCAGGAGAAUAUCGGAGCCUUUGGAGGUGAUCCCGAACAGGUCACCAUCUAUGGCGAGAGUGCUGGAGGCGCCUCAGUCGGUUUUCAAUUGACUGCAUACGGCGGUCGCGAUGACAAGCUCUUCCGUGGUGCCAUCAUGCAAAGCGGCAACCCCAUCAACUUUAGAGCAAUCCCUGAUCCGGCUACUGGUUACGCAGGCAUGUACAAUCUGAUUGUCAGCCGUGCAGGCUGCAGCAAUGUUACUAGCCCGCUCGAGUGUCUGCGCAAGUUGCCCACCGCGCAGCUCAACGCUGCCAUCAACGUUACAAGUCCGGUUCUCAACACUACCCAAUUCAUGCCCUGUCUGGACGGCGACUUUAUUCAGAAGCGGACUUCUCUUCAACUGGAGGCUGGCGAAUUCGUCCAUGUUCCCAUCAUCUCAGGAGCCAACUCGGACGAGGGCAGUUCAUUUAGCCCAUUCCCUGUGAACGAUACCGAGGACCUACGUACCUAUAUCAUGGCAAGCGGCGUGCCCGCCAACCUGACAGAACAGUUACUCAUCGCUUACCCGGAUGAUCUUGCAGUCAAUGUGAUUGCCAAUCUGGGCGAUACAAGACCAGGCAUGCCAUUUGGAGCACAGUUCCGUCGCUCGGCAUCUUACUUUGGAGACCAAGUCUUUAUUGCAAACCGCAGAAAGACGUGCGAGACUUGGGCUGCUGCAAAUGUCCCAGCAUAUUGCUACCGCUUCAACGCCAUCCCCGCUGGCCUCCCUCCGCAGAUUGGUGUCACUCAUUUCCAGGAGGUUUCAUUCGUCUUCCUCAAUCUUGAGGGCAUCGGCUACCCGCCUGUUGCUACCCCACCCUUCCAGAACAAGUCGGAGGCCUACCGCGACCUUUCUCGCUUCAUGAACAGCAACUGGGUCAGCUUCGUCCACGACCUCGACCCCAACGCUUGGAGGGACUCGUACGACUGGAACGGUACCGAGGCAAUGUGGCCCAGGUACGCCAUUGCCAACCCCAUGGAUAUUGUCUUUGACGCAAACGUCUCGAGCUACGCCGAGCCCGAUACCUACAGAAAGGAGGGCAUGGCGCUAAUCAACGCCCACAACUAUGACGUCUACAAGCGAUAGACGCCGCUUGCACUUUUGUAUAUAGCAACCAACAAAUAAUGUAGUGAUGACCGUUAACCUUGCUUUCAACCAAAACAAAAAAAAUGACAUGUGAACCGUUUUCCAAAAUCACUGACGACAACACUCUAAAGUAGUAUCAUCAGGCCACCCGCCAGCACCGCCGCCGCCGCCGCACGCUGCACGCUGCACGCCGCACGCCAGCCUCUAUUCCACGCCUCCUCCUGCACCUUUGAUGCUCCUCCCUCCCCAUCUUCCCCCCUUUCCCACUUAUUACAUCUCGCUUAGACGUAUAGUUAAAACAAUCCGACUUGUCACACUUCAAGCC